AAGGCGAGUCUAGUAGUUUCUAGCAUGGGGAAGGUUGUCUUCUCCUGGUUCCUUCCAGACGUGUCCAUCUCCUCAUCAAAAGCCCCUCUCUCUCUCCCCAUUUCUUCACUCUGGAUUUUUCACAUUCGCACAGUUUCUCUCUCUAAAACGCUCACUAGACGACUAACAACAGAUCAAGAAAACCAAAACGAAAGCUUUAGAGUUCUUCAACGAAGAUCAACUGUAUAUACCCAUUAUAUUAACAGCACAACUCUGUCUCUGUAAUCCAUUUUGCUGCUUCGAAAGGUGCUAAGAAACAAAAACAAAGAUGAACCCGGACAAGUUCACACACAAGACUAAUGAGGCCAUUGCCACAGCCCAUGAGCUGGCAAUGAGCGCCGGCCAUGCCCAGUUCACGCCGCUGCAUCUUGCAGUGGCAUUGAUCAACGAUUUGAGAGGCAUUUUCAGCCAAGCCAUCGCCAAUGCUGCUGGCAGCGAAGAAGCUCCAAAGUCUGUGGAGAGGGUUUUCAACCAGGGAUUGAAGAAACUCCCGUCCCAGUCUCCUCCACCGGAUGAAAUCCCGGCCAGCACUACACUGAUCAAAGUGAUUCGGAGAGCGCAGGCUGCGCAGAAAGCCUGCGGGGACACUCAUUUGGCGGUUGAUCAGCUGAUCCUUGGCCUUUUGGAGGAUUCCCAGAUUGGGGAUUUGUUGAAAGAGGCUGGCAUUGCCACGGCAAGGGUGAAAUCGGAGGUUGAGAAGCUCCGCGGCAAGGAAGGGAGGAAGGUGGAGAGUGCCUCCGGGGAUACUACUUUCCAGGCAUUGAAGACUUAUGGGAGAGACCUUGUGGAGCAGGCUGGAAAGCUCGACCCCGUCAUUGGUCGAGACGAGGAGAUUCGGAGGGUGGUUCGGAUUCUAUCAAGAAGAACUAAGAACAACCCGGUUCUCAUUGGAGAGCCGGGAGUCGGGAAAACCGCGGUGGUUGAAGGGUUAGCUCAGAGGAUAGUGAGGGGUGAUGUCCCAAGCAAUCUUUCUGAUGUGAGGCUCAUAGCAUUGGAUAUGGGAGCUUUGGUUGCUGGGGCCAAGUAUAGAGGAGAGUUCGAGGAAAGACUAAAGGCGGUUUUGAAAGAAGUGGAAGAUGCUGAAGGGAAGGUUAUUCUCUUCAUUGAUGAGAUUCACCUUGUUCUUGGUGCUGGUAGAACCGAAGGGUCAAUGGAUGCUGCUAAUCUGUUUAAGCCGAUGCUCGCAAGAGGCCAGCUUCGGUGCAUUGGUGCAACGACUCUUGAAGAGUAUAGAAAGUACGUGGAGAAGGAUGCUGCUUUCGAGAGAAGGUUUCAACAAGUGUUUGUGGCUGAGCCGAGUGUUCCGGAUACAAUUAGCAUUCUGAGAGGUUUGAAGGAGAGAUAUGAAGGCCAUCAUGGUGUUAGGAUCCAAGACCGUGCUCUUGUCAUUGCAGCGCAGCUUUCAAGCCGGUAUAUCACAGGUCGUCAUCUUCCCGACAAGGCCAUUGAUCUUGUUGAUGAGGCUUGUGCAAAUGUUAGAGUUCAACUUGACAGUCAGCCUGAAGAGAUUGAUAAUCUUGAAAGAAAGAGGAUGCAGCUUGAAGUUGAGCUUCAUGCGCUCGAGAAGGAGAAGGACAAAGCCAGCAAAGCUCGUCUUGUCGAAGUGAGGAAAGAGCUUGAUGAUCUAAGAGACAAGCUUCAACCAUUGAUGAUGAAGUAUAGAAAAGAGAAAGAAAGGAUUGAUGAGAUCCGGCGGCUCAAGCAGAAACGUGAGGAGCUUCUAUUUGCUUUGCAAGAGGCUGAAAGAAGAUAUGAUUUGGCUAGAGCCGCUGAUUUGAGAUAUGGUGCAAUUCAGGAAGUGGAAUCUGCCAUAGCACAGCUUGAAGGCACCACUGAUGAGAACUUGAUGCUAACCGAAACUGUUGGACCCGAACACAUUGCAGAGGUUGUUAGCCGAUGGACAGGUAUACCCGUUACCAGACUUGGCCAAAAUGAGAAAGAGAGGCUUAUUGGGCUGGCUGAGAGGCUGCACAAGAGAGUUGUGGGGCAAGACCAAGCAGUUGAUGCUGUGGCAGAGGCAGUGCUGAGGGCAAGGGCCGGGCUAGGUAGGCCACAACAACCGACUGGAUCAUUCCUCUUCUUGGGUCCAACUGGUGUUGGUAAAACUGAGCUGGCAAAGGCACUUGCUGAGCAACUCUUUGACGAUGAAAACUUGCUCGUGAGGAUUGACAUGUCCGAGUAUAUGGAGCAACACUCUGUUUCCCGCUUGAUUGGAGCUCCACCAGGCUAUGUUGGUCAUGAAGAAGGUGGGCAACUCACAGAGGCUGUGAGGCGGCGGCCUUACAGCGUUGUUCUGUUUGAUGAAGUGGAGAAAGCUCACAUAGCAGUUUUCAACACUCUGCUGCAAGUUCUUGACGACGGGAGGCUAACCGAUGGUCAAGGCCGUAUUGUGGAUUUCAGGAACACAGUGAUAAUCAUGACCUCAAACCUUGGAGCUGAGCACCUCCUUGCUGGGUUGUCUGGAAAGUGCUCAAUGCAAGCUGCUCGUGACAGGGUUAUGCAAGAGGUAAGAAGGCACUUCAGGCCAGAGCUGCUAAAUCGACUCGACGAGAUCGUUGUGUUCGAUCCUCUUUCCCAUGACCAAUUAAGGAAGGUUGCAAGGCUACAAAUGAAGGAUGUUGCAAGCAGACUUGCUGAGAGGGGUAUUGCUUUAGCAGUGACUGAUUCAGCACUAUACUAUGUCUUGGCUGAGAGUUAUGACCCUGUGUAUGGCGCAAGACCGAUCAGGAGGUGGCUUGAGAAGAAGGUGGUGACAGAGCUGUCAAGAAUGCUUGUGAGGGAAGAGAUUGAUGAGAACUCAACUGUGUACAUAGAUGCAGGGCCAAAUGGGUCCGAGCUGGUCUACCGAGUAGAGAAGAAUGGUGGUCUGGUCAAUGCGGCCACGGGGCAAAAGUCGGACGUCCUGAUUCACCUACCCAAUGAAGGACAAAGGAACGAUGCUGCUCAGGCUGUCAAGAAGAUGAAGAUUGAGGAGAUUGAUGAUGAUGAAGAGAUGGAUGAGUAAAAUGUUAUUGUUUAAGGGAAAGGAAUAAAAAAGAAAGAAUGGAAGAUGUGGUUUUUUUCUGACGUUUUUCUGGUUUGUACGUAGUCUUCUGAGAUUUUGGCUUUCAAAAGCUAAGAUGUAAAAAGAAGAGGAAAAUGAGGGAGGGACUUCCUCUCUUCCUUUGUGUAAUGUUUUUUGAUAUUCUGUUGCAUAAUGCAAAAACAGUAUUUUCUAUUGUAA